AUGUUCAAGAGCGGCAUUUCCGCCUUCGCUCGGACGGCUCGUCCCUCGUUCGCGGCCGCCACUCGUCGCGCUGUCCGCCCCGCGAGCCUCAAUCUCCGCGCCCCUUCUGCCCUCAGCAGAUUUGCCAGCACUGCCAGUGUCGGUGAUGGAAAGAUCUACCAGGUCAUUGGUGCCGUCGUCGAUGUCAAGUUUGACACCGAGAAGCUGCCGCCUAUCCUGAACGCCCUCGAGGUUACCAAAGAUGGCCAGAAGCUCGUGCUCGAGGUCGCGCAACAUCUCGGCGAGUCUGUCGUGAGAUGUAUUGCCAUGGACGGUACUGAGGGUCUUACCCGCGGCGCCAAGGCCACCGAUACCGGCGCUCCCAUCACAAUCCCUGUCGGCAAUGCCACGCUCGGUCGUAUCAUGAACGUCACCGGUGACCCGAUUGACGAACGUGGCCCCAUCAAGUCGGACAAGAGACUCCCCAUCCACGCCGAGGCUCCUUCGUUCAUUGAGCAGUCCACGGCGGCCGAGAUUCUGGUGACUGGCAUCAAGGUGGUGGAUCUCCUCGCCCCUUACGCUCGUGGUGGAAAGAUUGGUCUCUUCGGCGGUGCUGGUGUCGGCAAGACUGUCUUUAUCCAGGAGUUGAUCAACAACAUCGCCAAGGCCCACGGUGGUUACUCCGUCUUCACCGGUGUCGGCGAGCGUACCCGUGAGGGUAACGAUCUGUACCACGAAAUGCAGGAGACCUCGGUCAUUCAGCUGGAUGGCGAGUCCAAGGUCGCCCUUGUCUUUGGCCAGAUGAACGAGCCCCCAGGAGCCCGUGCCCGUGUCGCCCUUACUGGUCUAACAAUUGCUGAGAAUUUUCGAGAUGACGAGGGCCAGGAUGUGCUUCUCUUCAUCGACAACAUUUUCCGCUUCACCCAGGCCGGUUCCGAGGUGUCUGCUCUGCUCGGUCGUAUCCCCUCCGCCGUCGGUUACCAACCCACUCUUGCCGUAGACAUGGGUCAAAUGCAGGAGCGCAUUACCACGACCAAGAAGGGUUCUAUUACCUCGGUGCAGGCCGUCUACGUCCCCGCUGAUGAUUUGACUGAUCCCGCCCCGGCUACUACCUUUGCCCAUCUGGACGCCACCACUGUCUUGUCGCGUGGUAUCUCCGAGUUGGGUAUCUACCCCGCUGUUGACCCUCUCGACUCCAAGUCUCGUAUGCUCGACCCCCGUAUUGUCGGAGAUGAGCACUACGCCACCGCCACUCGCGUCCAGCAGAUCCUCCAGGAGUACAAGUCGCUGCAGGAUAUCAUUGCCAUUCUGGGUAUGGACGAGCUGUCGGAAGCCGACAAGCUUACUGUCGAGCGUGCCCGCAAGAUCCAGCGUUUCCUCAGCCAGCCGUUCACGGUUGCCCAAGUCUUCACGGGUAUCGAGGGCUGCCUCGUUGACCUGAAGGACACGAUCGCUUCUUUCCGGUCUAUUCUGGCUGGCGAGGGUGACGACCUGCCCGAGGGCGCCUUCUACAUGGUUGGCGACUUCGCAUCGGCGCGGGCGAAGGGAGAGAAGAUCUUGGCCGAUCUGGAGAAGAGCUCUUAA